AUGAUCUCUUCGACGUACCCUAUGAUCCACGGUGCAUCUCAUUCCGUGUGCGACUGCGAGACAUUGGAGAAAAUCGGAGAGAAGGCGGAGGAGGCAAAAUUCUCUGCAACAAUGGUGGACGGUACGAAGCUUCCCAUCCACGGCGAGUCAACACUGCAGCUGCAGAUAGGGGCGUUAAGGUGGAAGCCGACGUUGCCGAUCACAAACAUCAAGGGACUAGAUUUCAUCUUGGGGCGAGAUUUCCUGAAGCGGUUCAACCCCGAGAUCGAUUGGGUCAACAGUAAAGUGUGCAUCUACAAUAAUGGGAAGCUGCGAAGCUGGACGGAUACAGGGGAUGUUCCUGAAACGACACUGGCACGGUUCGAACGGACGGUGAACGAGAGUAACACGGGUUACCUAGCACUGGUCAUGGCAGCAGCAGAGGAGGAGAAGCCGAGUUCGGAGCUACCUGCAGCAGUAAAGGAGGUCUUGGAGCAGUACAAGGAUAUAAUGCCCGACGACCUACCCGCAGGCGUACCUCCAGCACGCACCCACGAACACGAGAUCGUGGAGGAACCAGGUGCGAAACCCAUCUCACGUGCACCAUACCGACAAAGUUCGACCGAGCUGACAGACAUGAAAAAACAGAUCGAAUAUUUACUGGACAGACAACUGAUCCGCCCAUCCACAUCUCCCUACGGUGCACCAGUUCUCUUCACCCCAAAGCCAGACGGCAGUCUACGGAUGUGCAUCGACUACCGCGCACUAAACAAACAGACAGUUAAAAAUAAAUACCUUAUACCGCGCAUAGACGACCUAUUGGACCAACUGCGUGGUGCAACGGUCUUCUCGAAGCUGGACCUACGGUCGGGUUACUGGCAGAUCAAGAUGGCGGACAACUCGAUCCACAAGACGGCGUUCCGUACGAGAUACGGCUCCUACGAGUACUUAGUGAUGCCGUUCGGACUCUGCAACGCACCAGCGACGUUCCAGGCGGAGAUGAACCACAUCCUACGGCCCCUGCUGGACGAAUGCGUAGUAGUGUACCUGGACGAUAUCCUCAUCUACUCCAAGAACAUGAAGGAGCACGUGGAGCAUCUGCGGAAGGUGUUCGAGAUCCUGCGGAAAAAUAAGUUCUACGUGAAGCUGUCGAAGAGCGACUUCGCCCUGAAGAAGGUGCAGUUUCUCGGGCACAUGGUGAGUGUCGAGGGCGUACACGUGGACCCGCGGAAGAUCGAAGCCGUUAAAAAGUGGAAAGUUCCGGAGAACGUGAAGGAGUCCUCGGCUUCGCCAACUACUACAACAGGUUUGUGCCGCAAUACGCUAAGAUAG